GUGUUUUCUUUUCUUUCUUUAAAACAUCUUUCGUUUUUUAAAAAAUAUCAACCAGCAGAAACGCAACUUUUGAACUCGAAUGAGAAUCACAGAUCUAAGAAUAAAGCGUCAACCGAGUUUUUAAAUUCUCCAACUCGGGCCGAGUCAAAGCCCGAGUUACAAUUCUUCCUAAUCUAGGGUUUUAAAUUUUCUAUUUCUGGAUUGAUUUGAUCCUUCAUUAUUGUAAACCAUGUCUCGGGUUAGCAAUAACUGGGAGAGGUUAGUGAGGGCGACGUUGAAGCGUCAAGGUCAUGAGAGAAUGUCCAGUGGCAUCGCCGGAGCUGUGCCAGUUUCGCUUGGCCGUACGACCAAUAUUGACGCGAUUUUGCAGGCUGCCGAUGAGAUUCAAGAUGAGGACCCUAACGUUGCCAGAAUUUUGUGUGAGCAAGCAUAUAGCAUGGCACAAAAUUUGGACCCAAGCAGUGAUGGUCGUGGUGUUCUCCAAUUCAAGACCGGUUUGAUGUCUGUUAUUAAGCAAAAACUUGCCAAAAGGGACGGUGCCCGUAUAGAUCGCAAUCGGGACAUUGAACACCUGUGGGAGUUUUACCAGCGCUACAAGAGACUUCAUAGAGUGGAUGACAUCCAAAGAGAGGAACAAAAGUUCCGGGAAUCUGGAAAUUUUUCUACUGUUAAUCUGGGAGAGUUUGAGCUAAGUUCUCUAGAGAUGAAAAAGGUAUUUGCUACCUUGAGGGCCUUAGUAGAUGUCAUGGAAGCACUCAGUAAAGAUGCAGAUCCUCAUGGGGCUGGCAGACAUAUCAUGGAGGAGCUACAAAGAAUUAAAACGGUUGGGGAGCUCACAUCGUAUAAUAUUGUCCCAUUGGAAGCACCUUCAUUAAGUAAUGCGAUUGGAGUUUUCCCUGAAGUUCGAGGCGCAAUGUCUGCCAUUAGAUAUGCUGAGCAUUACCCCAGACUUCCUGCUGGUUUUGUGAUUUCUGGAGAACGUGAUUUAGAUAUGUUUGAUCUUCUUGAAUAUGUCUUUGGUUUUCAGAAUGAUAAUGUAAGGAAUCAGCGUGAAAAUGUUGUUCUUGCAAUAGCAAAUGCACAGUCUCGACUUGGCAUACCCAUCCAAGCAGAUCCAAAAAUUGACGAGAAAGCUAUCAAUGAGGUUUUCUUGAAGGUGUUGGAUAACUACAUCAAAUGGUGCAAAUACUUGCGAAAACGCCUUGCUUGGAAUAGUAUUGAAGCGAUUAAUAGAGACAGGAAGCUUUUUCUGGUAUCACUAUAUUAUCUUAUAUGGGGUGAAGCUGCAAAUGUUCGUUUUCUCCCAGAGUGCAUUUGCUACAUAUUUCAUCAUAUGGCCAAAGAGUUGGAUGCAAUAUUGGAUCAUGGUGAAGCUAAUCAUGCCGCCAGCUGUAUAACAGAAAGUGGUUCUGUGUCUUUCCUUGAACAAAUCAUUUGUCCUAUAUACCAGACAAUAGCAGCGGAAGCUGAGAGGAAUAAUAAUGGAAAAGCUGUGCAUUCAGCUUGGAGGAAUUAUGACGACUUCAAUGAAUAUUUUUGGUCCCCUGCUUGCUUUGAGUUGAGGUGGCCGAUGAAAAAAGAUUCCUCAUUCUUGUUGACGCCUAAAAGGUCAAAAAGGACUGGUAAAAGCACGUUUGUUGAGCAUCGCACAUUUCUUCACAUAUAUCGAAGUUUCCAUCGGCUCUGGAUCUUUUUAGCUCUGAUGUUCCAGGUUUUGGCAAUUAUAGCCUUCAAUCAUGGAGAUUUGAGUUUAGAUACCUUUAAAGAAAUGCUCAGCGUUGGGCCCUCAUUUGCCAUCAUGAACUUCAUAGAGAGUUGUUUAGAUGUGCUGCUUAUGUUUGGUGCCUACUCCUCAGCGAGAGGCAUGGCUAUCUCAAGACUGGUUAUUAGGUUUUUCUGGUGUGGCUUGAGCUCGGUGUUCGUAACAUACUUAUAUGUGAAGGUUCUGGAGGAAAAAAAUCGACAGAACUCGGAUUCGUUCCAUUUCCGUAUAUAUAUACUUGUUCUGGGUGUUUAUGCAGCUUUGCGCCUCUUCCUUGCUCUGUUGCUAAAGUUUCCAGCUUGUCAUGCUCUGUCUGAUAUGUCUGAUCAAUCAUUCUUCCAAUUUUUCAAGUGGAUUUAUCAGGAAAGAUACUAUGUUGGUCGUGGUCUUUUUGAGAAGAUGAGUGAUUACUGCAGAUAUGUCCUCUAUUGGUUGGUGAUCUUUGCAUGCAAAUUUACAUUUGCUUACUUUCUCCAGAUUAGACCCCUUGUCAAACCAACCAAUACCAUCAGGGCACUUCCAUCUUUACCGUACUCAUGGCAUGAUUUGAUCUCAAAGAAUAAUAACAAUGUCUUGACCAUAGCUAGCCUAUGGGCUCCUGUUGUGGCGAUCUAUAUCAUGGACAUUCACAUAUGGUACACUAUCUUAUCAGCAAUUGUUGGGGGCGUGAUGGGUGCACGAGCUCGUUUAGGCGAGAUACGCAGUAUCGAAAUGGUUCAUAAACGUUUUGAGAGCUUCCCAGCGGCUUUUGUCAAGAAUCUUGUCUCUCCACAAGCACAAGGGAUGGUGCUCAACAGACAUGCAUCUCAAGAAGCUCAGGAUAUGAACAAAGCAUAUGCUGCACUGUUUGCUCCUUUCUGGAAUGAGAUAAUCAAAAGCUUACGCGAGGAAGAUUAUAUCAGCAAUAGGGAGAUGGACUUGCUUUCUAUUCCGAGCAACACAGGAAGUCUAAGAUUAGUUCAAUGGCCACUGUUUCUUCUUAGCAGCAAGAUUUUAUUGGCAGUGGAUUUGGCUUUGGACUGCAAAGAUACACAAGCGGAUCUUUGGAAUAGAAUUUCUAAGGAUGAAUACAUGGCAUAUGCAGUUCAGGAAUGCUACUACAGUGUUGAAAAAAUCUUGCAUUCCCUGGUUGACGGUGAAGGAAGACUCUGGGUUGAAAGGAUCUUUCGUGAGAUCAACAACAGUAUAUCGGAGGGAUCACUUGUCAUUACUUUACGUCUUGAGAAGCUUCCUCAUGUGUUGUCAAGAUUUAUUGCACUGUUUGGACUUCUGAUACAAAAUGAGACUCCUGUACUUGCCAAUGGUGCUGCAAAGGCUGUAUAUGCCGUGUAUGAGGCUGUUACACAUGAUCUGCUGUCAUCGGAUCUAAGAGAGCAACUUGAUACAUGGAACAUUUUAGCUAGAGCAAGAAAUGAACGACGCCUGUUCUCCAGGAUAGAGUGGCCAAAGGAUCCUGAAAUUAAGGAGCAGGUGAAAAGGUUGCAACUUCUUCUCACCGUAAAGGAUUCUGCAGCCAACAUUCCUAAGAAUCUUGAAGCAAGAAGAAGAUUAGAGUUUUUCUCAAAUUCACUAUUCAUGGAUAUGCCUUCGGCAAAGCCAGUUUCUGAAAUGAUACCAUUUAGUGUCUUCACGCCAUACUACAGUGAGACUGUGCUUUAUAGUUCCUCUGAGUUGCGAGUGGAAAAUGAGGAUGGAAUAUCCGUUCUUUUCUAUCUUCAAAAGAUCUUUCCAGAUGAAUGGGAGAAUUUCUUGGAGCGGAUUGGUAGAGCAGAGUCUACUGGGGAUGCAGAUCUUCAAGAAAAUUCUGGUGAUUCCUUGGAGCUUAGGUUCUGGGCAUCUUAUCGUGGACAGACUCUAGCUCGGACUGUACGUGGUAUGAUGUAUUACAGGAGAGCUCUGAUGCUGCAGAGUUAUCUAGAAAGGAGGUCACAGGGAGUGGAUGAUUAUUCUCAGACAAACUUUUCAAGAUCACAAGGUUUUGAGUUAUCACAGAAAGCACGGGCACAAGCAGAUUUGAAGUUCACUUAUGUGGUCUCCUGCCAGAUUUAUGGGCAACAGAAGCAGCGAAAGGCUGUAGAGGCAGCUGAUAUUUCUCUUUUACUGCAGCGGAAUGAGGCACUUCGAGUUGCUUUCAUACACGUGGAGGAGAGUGAUAGUGCUGACGGACAGGUUUCCCAUGAAUUUUAUUCGAAGCUUGUGAAAGCUGAUAUACAUGGAAAAGAUCAGGAAAUAUAUUCAAUCAAACUUCCUGGAAAUCCAAAGCUUGGAGAAGGGAAGCCUGAAAACCAGAACCAUGCUAUAAUUUUCACUCGUGGAGAAGCCAUUCAGACUAUUGACAUGAACCAGGACAACUACCUUGAAGAGGCAAUGAAAAUGAGAAAUCUUCUUGAGGAAUUUCGAGCAAAUCAUGGCAUUCGACCUCCCACCAUCCUUGGUGUAAGGGAAAAUGUUUUCACUGGAAGUGUUUCAUCGUUAGCCUGGUUCAUGUCCAAUCAAGAAACAAGCUUUGUAACAUUGGGCCAACGUGUGUUAGCAUAUCCACUCAAGGUCCGCAUGCACUAUGGCCAUCCAGAUGUAUUUGACCGUGUAUUUCAUAUAACUCGAGGUGGCAUCAGUAAGGCAUCACGUGUGAUCAAUAUUAGUGAAGAUAUAUUUGCAGGGUUUAACACCACAUUGAGGCAAGGAAAUAUUACUCACCAUGAAUAUAUUCAGGUUGGAAAGGGAAGAGACGUUGGGUUAAACCAGAUUGCCCUUUUUGAAGGGAAAGUGGCAGGAGGAAAUGGCGAGCAAGUUCUAAGCAGGGAUGUGUACAGGCUUGGGCAACUAUUUGAUUUCUUCAGAAUGCUUUCUUUCUACUUUACAACUGUCGGGUACUAUGUGUGCACUAUGAUGACAGUCCUCACAGUAUAUGUAUUCUUGUAUGGAAGGGCUUACCUGGCUUUCUCUGGACUUGAUAAUGCUAUAUCAGUUAGUGCAAAAAAGAUGGGAAAUACAGCUCUGGAUGCUGCUCUUAAUGCACAGUUCUUGGUCCAGAUUGGAGUUUUUACUGCAAUCCCCAUGAUAAUGGGUUUUAUACUUGAACUUGGAUUGCUUAAGGCUGUUUUCAGCUUUAUUACAAUGCAACUUCAGUUGUGUUCAGUCUUCUUCACGUUUUCAUUGGGCACCAGAACUCAUUAUUUUGGACGCACUAUCCUCCAUGGAGGUGCAAAAUACAGAGCAACUGGUAGAGGUUUUGUGGUACGUCACAUCAAGUUUGCUGAAAAUUACAGGCUCUACUCAAGAAGUCAUUUUGUUAAAGCGCUCGAAGUUGCCCUGCUUCUCAUAGUUUACAUAGCAUAUGGGUACACAGAUGGAGGUGCUGUGUCAUUUGUUUUGUUGACACUUAGCAGUUGGUUUCUUGUCAUCUCAUGGCUAUUUGCUCCUUACAUAUUUAAUCCCUCUGGUUUUGAGUGGCAAAAGACUGUUGAUGAUUUUGAAGAUUGGACUAGCUGGCUUUUAUAUAAAGGUGGUGUAGGGGUGAAGGGAGAUAAUAGCUGGGAAUCAUGGUGGGAAGAAGAACAGGCGCAUAUCCAAACUUUGAGAGGUCGUAUAUUGGAAACAAUAUUAAGCUUGAGAUUCCUCAUUUUUCAAUAUGGCAUCGUAUACAAGCUCCAUCUCACAGGAAAUGAUAGAUCUUUUGCGAUUUAUGGCUUCUCUUGGGUCGUAUUGGUUUGCUUUGUCAUGAUAUUUAAGGUCUUCACCUAUAGCCCAAAAAGAUCUACCAGUUUCCAGCUAUUGAUGCGAUUCAUGCAAGGAAUCGCGUCCUUAGGACUUGUUGCAGCUCUUUGCCUUACUGUUGCCUUCACUGAUUUGUCAAUUCCUGAUCUUUUUGCGAGCUUUCUUGCAUUUAUUGCCACUGGAUGGACUAUCCUAUCUAUUGCUAUCGCUUGGAAAAGGAUAGUUUGGAGUUUAGGCUUGUGGGAUUCAGUGCGUGAGUUUGCCAGGAUGUAUGAUGCUGGGAUGGGCGCGUUAAUUUUUGUUCCAAUUGCAUUUUUAUCAUGGUUUCCAUUCGUUUCUACCUUCCAGUCUCGCCUGCUCUUCAACCAAGCAUUCAGCCGUGGGCUGGAGAUCUCACUUAUCCUUGCUGGAAACAAAGCUAACGUGGAUAGAUCGUAGAUGAGUAAUCUUUUGUAUGAUAUCGCUCUCCUCAUAAAUUAUUAGGAUUUAAAUUGACUGUACAUGAUGUUUGUGAAAGAUGUAUCUGUAUUCUGUACAAGAGGGCACAUCUUUUUCCACUGAUAUUCCUCCACAUCUGAUCGCUGCAGGUGUAGUUUUGUGUUGAAUUGUCUGUAAUUUUUCCAGGAGACUUUCGAGAUCAGCAUAGUGAGUCUGUGGUUAUCGGUUAGUCCAA